CAUUAACAGAAUAAAAAACGAACCAGUAAAAACAACGAUACCCAGAAUCAACAAUAAUCGCGUUACGCCAAAUUAAUAAUCGUAGGUAAUACUACGCAAGUCGGAGUCGCACGUCUCGUGCGAAUAUCUUUCGUCUCGAUAUGCCUCGUUCUUCGAUGUAACGCGUGACUACGGAGAAAACGUAAUUUCUAUCGAACACCCGUGCGUAUCUUCUUCGUGUACAACAAGAGAAAAAAACGACGUCCUGUCGAUCACCUGUUGUCGUCAACACGUCGAACCGUUCAGUUUGUCACACAGGGUGUCGCCGUAUGGAGACGAUGGGCCUACCACUGUCAACGGUUCGGCUCGAUCGUCACGCGUACACGUACACACAAGCCGCCGCCAGACGAUGUGGAUCGUACCCACACCCAUGCGAAUUCACCUAUCAUAAGAGCCACGAGCACGGUGUCGUGUAGCUCAGAUUGUGUUCCGCAGUGACCCAGAGAGCAGCGUCGUAUAAAUCCGCGAGGACCACCAAGUGACAUUCGAACCGAUUUUCACGUACCGCUCCCACUCAGUUACUUACGUGGCGGGUACUCGACGCUUGAGGCAACAUGUGCGGAAUCUUCGCGUACCUGAAUUACCUGACGCCGAAGAGCAGGAAGGAGAUUCUAGAGCUUUUGGUCGGUGGACUGAAGAGGUUGGAGUAUCGUGGAUACGAUUCGGCUGGUGUCGCCCUUGAUACCGCCGAUGGCAAGGAUAUCGCGAUUAUUAAGAAGCAGGGAAAAGUCAAGGCUCUCGAGGAGGAAAUCUUUCGACAUGUGAAUAUCGACUUCGAAUCGAAGACGGUCAGUCACGUGGGUAUCGCUCACACACGUUGGGCGACGCACGGUGUCCCAUCCGAAGUGAAUUCGCACCCUCAACGAUCGGACAGCGAGCACGCUUUCGUGGUUGUGCACAAUGGUAUCGUGACCAACUACAAGGAAGUGAAGACGUUGCUUCAGCAAAGGGGUUGCGUCUUCGAGAGUGAAACCGACACGGAAGUCAUUGCGAAACUCAUUCACCAUCUCUGGGCACAGCAUCCGGGUUACUCGUUCCGCGAACUUGUCGAACAAGUUGUACAACAAUUGGAAGGCGCGUUCGCCCUCUGCUUCAAGAGCAAGCACUUCCCAGGCGAGUGCGUGGCGACGAGACGAGGAUCACCGCUGCUGGUCGGCAUCAAAACGAAAACGAGACUGGCCACCGAUCACGUGCCCAUCCUCUAUGGCAAAGAUCAUCGACCCCAUGGACGUACCGAACUUCCGGUGAUACCUCGUAGCGAGAGCACAUCCGAGUUCCAGCCUCUCGAAGACAAAGAGGUCGAGUAUUUCUUCGCCUCUGAUGCCAGCGCUGUGAUCGAGCACACGAACCGUGUGAUAUUCUUGGAGGAUGACGAUGUGGCCGCAGUUAAAGAUGGCGCCCUCAGCAUCCACCGUCUUCGUCGUUGCAUGGACGAUCCCCAUGCCAGAGAGAUCACCACCCUGAAGAUCGAAAUCCAGCAGAUCAUGAAAGGCAACUACGAGUAUUUCAUGCAGAAGGAAAUCUUCGAACAACCUGAGUCGGUGGUGAACACCAUGAGGGGACGUCUGAACUUCAGGGAUAACUCGGUCACCCUGGGAGGUAUCAAGGACUACAUUCCAGAGAUCAAGAGGUGCAGACGUUUGAUGCUGAUCGGUUGUGGUACCAGCUACCAUUCCGCCGUUGCUACCAGACAACUGCUGGAGGAAUUGACCGAGCUACCAGUUAUGGUCGAGCUGGCCUCCGAUUUCUUGGAUAGAAAUACUCCAGUGUUCAGGGAUGAUGUAUGCUUCUUCAUCUCUCAGUCUGGUGAAACAGCAGACACUCUGAUGGCUUUGCGUUACUGCAAAGGCCGUGGAGCUCUGAUCGUUGGUGUCACCAACACCGUGGGGAGUAGCAUUUGUCGCGAGUCCCAUUGUGGCGUUCACAUAAACGCUGGUCCAGAGAUCGGUGUGGCCAGUACGAAGGCUUACACCUCACAGUUCAUUUCUCUUGUGAUGUUCGCUCUGGUUAUGAGCGAGGACAGAAUUUCCCUUGGCAACAGACGCCACGAGAUCAUCGAGGGACUGAAGAAUUUGGACAAUCUGAUCCGCCAGGUUCUGCAGCUUGACGACAAGGUGAAGGAGCUGGCCAAGUCUCUGUUCCAGCACAAAUCUUUAUUGAUUAUGGGCCGGGGAUACAAUUUCGCGACUUGUAUGGAAGGUGCUCUGAAAGUCAAAGAGUUGACUUACAUGCACAGCGAGGGCAUCAUGGCCGGUGAACUGAAACACGGUCCUCUGGCACUCGUCGACGACUCAAUGCCCGUAAUAAUGAUUGUCAUGAGGGAUCCGGUUUACGCGAAAUGCAUGAACGCAUUGGCACAAGUAACGGCCCGUGAUGGUAAACCAAUCCUCAUCUGUGAGGAAGGUGACGACGAGACAAAGAUGUACGCUGACAAAGUCCUCGAGGUCCCCAAGACGGUCGAUUGUCUACAAGGAGUUCUCACAGUCAUUCCAAUGCAAUUGUUGUCCUUCCAUAUCGCGGUCCUACGCGGUUGCAACGUCGAUUGUCCCAGGAAUCUUGCGAAAUCGGUGACGGUCGAGUGAGACUCGAUGUUCUCGGACCACCAGGUAUCUUAUUUCAAACAUACCGCAUUGCCCAUUUGUCCAUAAUCGAAUUCACGGAUCGAAAAUCCGAUUACUAUAAGAGAGAUUGUAUUUCUAUGUUUUACCAUAAAUUAGAUGGAUGAUGAUUUACAGGGACGUGAUGUAAUAACGGGAGCAUUGUGUAAUAUCAGAUCACGGAUUGAUGCGUUUCUUAGUGUACUUAGCGGUUAUAGGAUCCAUACUUGUAUUAGGGUACGAACAGAGAAGCGAAUAUUUGUUAGGUUCGUACGUGUGUAUUAUGCAGUUCUUAGAAUUAAUCGUUUGGACCAUCUUUAUAUCUAAUCUUGUUAGUAGACGAUUAGUAUCAACGAAAAAAACGUUCCUUGUCCCGCGAACGGAUCGAUGGAGCUCCCAGGGAAACGAUUCCGGUGCAUUUAUAAAUUGUUCGUAUUCAUAUCAGAUCGAUAGGAGCAGAACAACAACGAGAUUGCUUUUUCCUCCUGGUUACAGACUAAUUACAAUUCCGCUUCUUUGACGGAAUUGACGAAGACUAUGGGUAGAGAGAAGAUCGUUAUGUAUCGUAAUCACGAGAUUUUACAUAUAUGUAUUCCUGUGGAAAGUGUAUGUGUGUGUGUGCGUGUAUGUGCGUGUGCGUGUGUCAUAAAUCUGAAUCGAGCUAGGAAAUCGACCGCGAAUUGGAUUCGUGAUAGAGAGUUAGCGAACGACAGUAACGAUAAUUUAUGGAUACGGGGAUGGUCGACAUGAUCCCGUGACCGUUGCAGGAAAUGACGGUCGUCGGUUGCUCUGGGAUUAUAUUCGUAUUUUGUACAGUAUUUAAGAGGAACUGGUGACAAUUUGAUACUUUCCCCUUAUAAUUUUGCUAUGAGAAACGAACUAUAAGGACUAAAGCGAGUUUCGUUACCGACACAUGUAUAAUCGUGUUGAAAUUUAAGAUUAUAUAAACAACAAAC